AUGAUAAAACUUUUUCUACCAGAUGGCAUGGACGCCCGGCUCCGCUCAGACGUCAUCCAUGCCCCAUUACCAAGUCCUGUUAACAAUGUUGCUGCUAACACUCCCAGUAUGUACUCUCAGGAACUAUUCCAACUUUCUCAGUGUCUACAGGAGACCUUACAUCGGGAACAGAUGUUGGAACAGAAGUUAGCCAUGCUUCAGCGGCUACUAGCCAUCACCCAAGAGGCUUCAGAUGCCAGUUGGCAGGCUUUGAUAGAUGAAGAUAGACUCUUAUCACGGUUAGAAGUUAUGGGAAACCAAUUACAGGCAUGCUCCAAAAAUCAAACAGAAGAUAGUUUACGGGAGGAACUUAAUAGCAUUACAAGAAGAUAA